AUGCGUCUGCGGCCGGGACACAAACGCGAUUACGGCGCGUACACGACCGCGGCCGCCUCUAAUGCCGCCGCAGCCUCCGCCGUCUCCCAAAUGUCAAAGGCAGAACCCGUGUUAGAGGCAGAACCCGUGUCAGAGGCAGAACCCGUGUUAGAGGCAGAACCCGUGUUAGAGGCAGAACCCGUGUUAGAGGCAGAACCCGUGUUAGAGGCAGAACCCGUGUUAGAGGCAGAACCCGUGUUAGAGGCAGAACCCGUGUUAGAGGCAGAACCCGUGUCAGAGGCAGAACCCGUGUUAGAGGCAGAACCCGUGUUAGAGGCAGAACCCGUGUUAGAGGCAGAACCCGUGUUAGAGGCAGAACCCGUGUUAGAGGCAGAACCCGUGUUAGAGGCAGAACCCGUGUCCAUAAACGUGACAUGGUUCUGCCUGAGUUGGUCCCGCUCCCUCUGA